AUUUUAUUGUUUAUAAAAAAAAAAUUGUUGGAUUUAAUGCUGUGUAUUUACAAAUACAAAUGUUGUAUAUAGCAAAAUGAUAUCAGAUUGGUGUGUUGUUUUGGUUUUAUUAAUGUCAAGAUUAGUUUUUGGGCUGAAUUUUACAGAGCCAGUUAAUUAUAUAUUGAAAUUAGGAGAAGAUAGUUCAUCUAGACUAUUAGAUUGUUCAGUUAAUCUUCCUGUUGAAUUAAUCAAAAAAAUUGAUUGGACACACAAUGAUAUUGUUAUCAAUAAUAAACCUAAUAUAACAUUAUCUGAAAAUGGUCAAAAACUUGUUAUUGCUCAUUACCAAUCCCAUAAUUCUGGUCGUUAUGGGUGCAAAGUAACAGCUAUGAAUGAAGAAUCUGUUCAAAGGGUAUUUGAUCUACUGCCAGCUUCAGAAACUGAGGGAAACCAAACCAUUGAAAUGAUGCUGAGAAUAAAAAAUGACAUAUCGUUACUUGUUGAGUUAGUGAUGAAUAAGUUAGAUUUAGAUUGUACCGCUGUAGGUGCUUCACCUAUUAAUAUUACAUGGAUAAAAAAUGAUCGACUGAUAGAAGCAAGGUCCAACUUGUCUAAUUUUCGUUAUUCUUUCUCACCAAAUUUUUUGAAAUUAAGUAUAAAAGAAUUGCGACUUGAUGAUGCUGGUAUUUACAAAUGUAUUUUGGAAAAUAAAUAUGGCAAGAUAGAACAUAUAAUGACUGUUGAAAUAUAUGAGAAAAUGUUCUCUAAACCAAUAGUAUCUUCUACAGACAAACAUAAAGUUUUUUAUGUCAACUAUGGUCAGAAUUUAACUGUCCCUAUAUAUGUUACUGCAUUUCUACCCCACCCUCACUUUCAAAUGUUAUACGUUUACAGCAUGACAAGUCCAAAUACAAAUGAAACUAAAUUGGCACUAAGGGUAUUACCAACAAUGAGAGAACUAACUGUCUUGGAGAAAGGCCAGAGAAGAGGCAAUUCAAUUUCUCAUAUCAAGCUAGAUUAUUUUUUCAAUAAUAUAUCAGAGCAAGAUUUUGGUAAUUAUACCUUUAUGGCUGGAAAUAAGUAUGGUUUUGAUAUAUACCCGUUUCAAAUAUUGCAUACAAAAUAUAUGCAAACAACUGUCUUCCCGCCAAUGAAAUCAAGUAUUAAUAAAAUCUACAAAGAGGAAUCCGUUGAAAAAACAGUUAUUUUUAUUGUCAUAACUUCAAUGCUUGCUGGGCUAAUUUUUGUUGCAUUUGUUAUUUUUUUUAUUUGUCGUGUUCGUAGCAAAGACAAAUUUAAAAACAGUAACAUCAACUACAUCAAACCUUUAGAAACUGUGAUUCUUAAUCUUGGGGAUAAUAACACUAGUGGUGUUACCAUGGUUACUUCUGUCUCUGCUUCCUAUGCCAGUCGGCGUUUCAGACAUUCACUUAAUAAUAAUUUAAUAAAUGAUAAGCAAAAAUUGAAUUUAAAAAUAGCUCCAGAUCCUGCUUGGGAGAUAAAACUUGAACAAUUAGAAACAGAUUGUUUAUUGGGAGAGGGAGCUUUUGGUAGAGUUUUUCGUGCAACAGCAAGAGAUUUACCAAAUCACACUGGAGUUCAAACAGUUGCUGUCAAAAUGCUGAAAGAAGAUUUUUGUGAACAAGAUUUAAAAGAUUUUAUAUCUGAAAUAGAAGUAAUGAAAUCUAUAGGAAAACAUAUCAAUAUUCUGAAUUUACUUGCAGUAUCAUCUCAGCAAGGAAAGUUAUAUAUAGUGGUUGAAUAUUGUCGUCAUGGUAAUUUGCGCUCUUUUCUGAAAGACAAUCGACCUGUUAUGCAAGCUAAUUCUGUGAUAACAAAAAAAAUAACAUUGUACGAUUUAACGUCGUUUUGCUUACAAGUUGCAAGAGGAAUGAAUUUUUUAGCUUCAAAAAAGUGCAUCCAUCGAGACAUUGCUGCUCGAAAUGUUCUUGUUGGUGAAGGUUAUUUAAUGAAAAUUGCUGAUUUUGGACUUGCACGUGAUAUUCAUGAACAAGAUUAUUAUAGAAAAUGCACAGAUGGGCGAUUACCCGUCAAAUGGAUGGCAAUUGAAGCUUUGUUCGAUCGUGUUUAUACUACUCAAAGUGAUAUAUGGUCAUUUGGAAUUUUGGCAUGGGAAAUUGUAACAUUUGGUGGAUCGCCUUACCCUGGAAUUGCAUUAGAAAAAUUGUUUGAUUUAUUAAAGCAAGGCUAUCGAAUGGAAAGACCACUUAAUUGUACUGAUGAUAUGUAUACACUUAUGCUGAAUUGUUGGAAAGAAAUCCCAUCAAAACGUCCGACAUUUUCACAACUAAUUGAAGAUCUAGAAAGAAUGCUAUUGGAUGCAAGUUCUACAGAAUAUGUAGAUCUUCAACCAAUUCAACCAGAACGCACAGAGUCAUUUUCAACAUCAUUACACACUUCUGCAAGCAUGUUGAAUACAGAUUUGCACGAGAAAAAUAAAUGUGAUCAUGACGAAAUAUCCUUCACUCAUGAAGAUGGUUUAUCAGAAGCAGAUAUUCUUCUUAGUCACUAUGCAGUUUCUUAAUUACUUCAACUGCUUGAGACGUUUUUAGAUGUAAACUUGAUUUAUCAGUUUCUCUAAAUGAUUGCCUUGUCAUUAACGUGUAUUGCAUUUGACUUUCAUCAUGAAGAAUCUAGAGAUCUAUCCGAUUCUUCUCUAUUAAUAAACACUGUCAUGAAGAUUGUUUAUAUAUGAAUCAUUGGAUCAGGAACUUCUUGAGGAUCAUAAUAAAAAGUAAUACUAAAUAUGAAAUUGCAGCUAAAACCAAAGGUUCGUAAUUUUCGAUGCGAGUAAAUGAGCUUUUCAAAAAA